GCCGAUAUUGUCAAUCACUUAGUUCAAGAACUGUUCAGAGACAAAAGAAGAGUGACAUAUGUCAAUCAAAGUUGUGUCAUUCUUGGAAUCCAAGUACCUGAUAUUGGCUCUGCCAUUACUCUGAUUGAAGAAGUAAUAUCUGGAAAGAUGUAUUCAUUAUUUGCACCGCUAGAAGAAAUGAUGAGGACACAGAAAGGACACGAGCUAUUUGACAUCUAUGUGACAAUGGAAAGGAAAACUACCUAUACUUUUCUGAAUGAGAUUGUUUCACAAAUUACGAGUUCAAGAAGUUUGAGUCAGAAAAUGACUCUGUCCGUGAAACAAGAUGGCGAAUGUACUGAUGCGGUCAGGUGUGUUUAUCAUCCUUCCAGUUACAUUGAAAGGAAACAAGUAAUAAAUGAUUUGAUCUCAAAAGGAAAGAGCGAACUAUAUCAAACAACUGUGGACGAGAUUCGUCGAGUACUGGAAAUUCCCAAACUGGAGAUGAAUGUUUUCAUAGAGGAUACCAGUUGUCCAAAAAGUGUUGUUUUGUCAGUUGACAAAACCUUUCCUGUAACACAAAGUACGUUAACAUGGCUAGAAUGGGCGCUGAAAGGACUUAAAGCUUUACCAAUUUGGAAAGCAAUUGGAUUAGACUUUACCGGUGAACUCGAUGUUGACAGUUUGAGGUCUGAGAAGAUAACUGAAAACAGUAAGACUCCUGUAAAUAUUAAACAGGAAAUCGCUGAGAAGGCUUUAAAAGCAAGGUUUGUAGACGCUGUGCUUGAAUUUGAUUGACAUGGUUUUCAAAGAGGCUGAGCCUCUUGCUUAAAAUAUUUAUAAAUGUUUAUUAAUAUUUUUUUUAAACUACAUGAUAGUUAUGGACUAACAAAUGCAUGUGGAAUUGGAUUCAAUACGAAUUUUGCUUAACAAAAUAGGUAAUUAUCACGGGUGAGACAAUGCAUACGAUGUAAGCCUUCUUCUCAAUUAUGUUUGAAAUACUUACGUACUAUUUUGCCGUUUACAAUGUAUUUUUUGUUAAAUAAUUGACGAUGAAUUUCUUCAAUGAUUGUUGCUUGUACAAUUCAUUAAAACAAAUGAUGUUUAAAUAAAAAAAAUACGUUACUAUGCCUGAAAUAAAACAUGACAUAUCCCCUUCUAGUGUCACCCUUUA